AGCUUACUAUAUAAUUAUUCCAAAAGAAAAACAAAGACUCCAUUUUUUUUGUUUAUCAAUGGCGAUGGGGACGAAGCUGUUCUUGGUGGCGACCCCGUUGUUACUCUUACUACUGGGUAUUACUACGAAGUCUGAGUACAUAGAGUACAAUACCAGUGCCAGAAUUGUUCCAAACAAAAUCAAUGUUCAUUUGGUUCCUCACUCUCACGACGAUGUUGGUUGGCUCAAGACUGUUGAUCAGUACUUCGUUGGCGCCAACAAUUCAAUUCGGGGGGCAUGUGUACAGAAUGUAUUGGAUUCUGUCAUUUCAGCCUUGUUGGAAGAGAAGAAUCGCAAGUUCAUCUAUGUUGAGAUGGCUUUUUUUCAGAGAUGGUGGAGGCAGCAAAGUAAGUCUACUAAGAUUAAGGUCAAGGAGCUUGUCAACUCUGGUCAACUGGAAUUCAUAAAUGGGGGUAUGUGUAUGCAUGAUGAGGCAACUCCUCAUUACAUAGACUUGAUUGAUCAGACAACUUUGGGGCAUAGAUUUAUUAAAGAUGAAUUUGGUCAGACUCCUCGAGUUGGUUGGCAGAUUGACCCUUUUGGCCAUUCUGCAGUUCAAGCUUAUUUGCUUGGUGCAGAGUUGGGUUUUGACUCCCUCUUUUUUUCUCGAAUUGAUUACCAAGAUAGAGCUAAGAGACUCAAAGAGAGAACUCUUGAUGUUGUAUGGCAAGGAUCUAGGUCCCUUGGUUCUUCGUCACAGAUUUUCACCGGCAUAUCACCCCGGCAUUAUGAUCCUCCUGAUGGUUUCACGUUUGAAAUAAAUGAUGUUUCGCCACCUAUUCAAGAUGAUACUCUUAUGUUUGACUAUAAUGUUCAAGAACGAGUGAAUGACUUUGUUGCUGCUGCUUUAGCACAGGCUAAUGUGACAAGAACCAAUCACAUUAUGUGGAUGAUGGGGACAGAUUUUCGUUAUCAAUAUGCAAUUUCAUGGUUCAGGCAGAUGGACAAGUUUAUUCACUAUGUAAAUCAGGAUGGGCGUGUGAAUGCACUAUAUUCAACACCUUCUGUUUACACUGAUGCGAAACAUGCAACUGAUGAGAAAUGGCCUCUUAAAACUGAUGACUUUUUCCCGUAUGCAGAUCAUCCAAAUGCAUAUUGGACCGGAUACUUUACAAGCCGUCCGGGACUUAAAGGUUAUGUCAGAGCAUUGAGUGGUUACUAUCUGACAGCAAGGCAGUUGGAGUUUUUUAAAGGAAGGGUUGACUCUGGGCCAAACACCGAGGUACUUGCUGAUGCUUUGGCGAUUGCUCAGCAUCAUGAUGCAGUUAGUGGUACAGAAAGACAGCAUGUUGCUGCUGAUUAUGCUUUGCGACUUUCUUUGGGAUACAAGGAGGCUGAGAAGGUGGUUGCCUCUUCUUUAGCAUACUUGACACAAUCAGGUUCAAGCUCUGGAGUUGAAAAAUUUCAACAGUGUCCUCUUCUUAACAUAAGUUAUUGUCCUCCAUCAGAAGCUGUCCUGUCUGAUGGGAAAAGCUUGGUCGUUGUCGUCUACAAUUCCCUAGGGUGGAAGAGAGAAGAAGUAAUACGAAUUCCUGUUUCCACUGACAGAGUAAGUGUUCAGGAUUCUAAUGGGAGGAAUGUUGAAGCCCAGCUUCUUCCUAUAUCGAAUGCCACUUUUAAUGUUAGAAAUUAUUAUGUGAGAGCAUAUUUGGGUGGAUCUCCGAGAGAAACAAUUAAAUAUUGGCUUGCAUUUUCGGUGUCAGUACCACCAAUUGGUUUCAGUACUUACAUAAUUUCUACCACUAAACAAACAGGUUCUAGUGUAGCCAUUUCUUCUGUGUACAGAUCAGAAGAGAGUAUAGACAAUACCAUAGAAGUCGGACAAGGAAGUUUAAAGCUAAUUUAUUCAGCUCAUGAGGGAAAGCUUAUACACUAUGCUAACAAUAGAAACUUGAUUACAGCAUCUGCGGAACAGUCAUACAGUUAUUACAGUGGAAACGAUGGUACCGAUAAAGAUCCUCAGGCUUCUGGAGCAUAUGUCUUCCGUCCAAAUGGCACAUUCCCAAUAAAAUCUGAUAGCCAGGCUUCUCUCACCGUGGUUCGGGGUCCAGUACUAGAUGAAGUACACCAACGGGUUAAUCCAUGGAUAUCGCAGAUUACAAGGGUAUUCAAGGAAAAAGAGCAUGCUGAAGUUGAGUUUACUGUUGGACCUAUACCUGUGGAUGAUAGCAUUGGAAAAGAAAUCACUACUCAAAUUACAACAGCCAUUAAGAGUAAUGGAACAUUCUACACAGAUUCUAACGGACGUGACUUCAUUAAGAGGAUUCGAGACUUCAGAACAGACUGGGAGCUGCAAAAUAACCAACCAGUUGCUGGAAAUUAUUAUCCUAUUAAUCUUGGAAUUUACGUGCAAGACAGUAUCUCAGAACUGUCAGUGUUGGUCGACCGUUCAGUUGGUGGAUCCAGUUUAGUAGAUGGUCAGAUAGAGCUGAUGCUCCACAGGAGAUUACUUCAUGAUGAUUCAAGAGGAGUUGGUGAGGUGUUGAAUGAAACAGUUUGUGUACUUGAUAAAUGCGAAGGUUUAACUAUUCAAGGAAAAUUUUAUGUCAAAAUUGAUCCUCUCGGGGAAGGUGCCAAGUGGCGCCGCACGACCGGCCAGGAGAUAUACUCUCCACUUCUCUUAGCAUUUACAGAACAAGAGGGAAAUGAGUACUUAAACUCUCAUGUAUCAACAUUUUCUGGAUUUGAUUCUUCGUAUGCUUUACCGAACAACAUUGCUUUGAUAACGCUCCAGGAGCUUGCAAAUGGAAAAGUACUCAUUCGACUUGCACAUCUUUACGAGAUUGGAGAGGACAAAGACUACUCCACACUAGCCAGUGUGGAACUAAAGAAGUUAUUUCCAAAGAAAGAGAUCAGCAAAGCGACGGAGACGAGUUUGUCUGUGAAUCAAGAAAGAACCGAGAUGGAUAAGAAGAAGCUAGUAUGGAAAGUAGAAGAAGGGUUCGGUGAAGAGUCAAAGAAAGUGAAGAGAGGAGGGCCUAUUGACCCUGCAAAACUGGUGGUGGAACUUUACCCCAUGGAAAUCCGCACUUUCCUUAUCGAGUUUGCUCAUAUUCGCGUGUUUGGUUCCUGAAAUAAAAAAGUAAAGAGCAUUGCAUAACCGGCCUUUUUAAAAUUUUUCUUGAGAAUGAAAAAAUAGAGUUAGAUUGCUUAUGACCCUUAUUUGUAGUUGUGUAGAUUUGGGUGUUGUAUGGUAAUGUUGAGAAUAAUAGUGAUGUGAAAUGGCCAAAAAAUUAACAAGGGACAUUUUACUAAGAGCCAUAAAAGCAUACAUCGUUCUUGGUUUAACAUAUGUAAAAUGGAUCAUUUGAAUUUGUAACUCUAAAAAACAGAGUAUACUUUUUUUUUUCUUCUAAAGAAUCACAUAGUUUUUUUCCUAA